CCAUCCAUCUCUGCUCCCCUGGCCAGCCGCGGUCCAUGCUUUGCCGGCCUGAGAUGCGAUUUUGCUCUCUGUUUUCCCGGAGAUUAUCAGUCCUUACUCCACACUGAGUAUGCCCGAGACGGGGGCGACGGCAGCAGCCGCCGCUGCAGCUGCCAGUAGCAGCUCUUCCGAGAGCACUAGCGGCACCGAGAGCUCGCGCCACAGACACCGAUCGCAAGGCGAAGGGGAGAAAACAGAUCAAUGUGCUGCCCCCUCGCAGCAAACUUCCUCUGGUGUACUGGAUAAGCUUUUUGGGAAGCGGCUGCUCCAGGCCGGGAGGUACAUCAUGUCUCAUAAGUCCUGGAUGAAGACUGUACCCACUGAGAACUGCGACGUCCUCAUGACUUUCUCAGACCAGACAGAUGACCACACGUUGCUAUGGCUACUGAACCACAUGCGCCUGGGCAUUCCGGAACUCAUCAUUCAGAUCCGACAUCAUAAGCACACGCGGGCCCACGCCUUUUUUGUCACGGCAACCUAUGAGAAUCUAUUGCGUGGGGCAGAGGAGAUGGGUCUGAGGAAAUCAGUGAAGCCAGAGUUUGGGGGAGGAACACAAAGUUUCUCCUGUGAAGAAGACUACAUCUAUGAGAACAUUGAGAGUGAAUUGUGCUUCUUCACGUCACAGGAGAGGCAGAGCAUCAUCAAACACUGGCUUGACAAUCUACGUGCCAAGCAAGGGGAAGUGCUUCACAACCUACAUUUUCUGGAAGGACAGCCAAUCAUCCCAGAGCUGCGUGCGCGAGGGGUGAUCCAGCAGGUGUUUCCCCUCCAUGAGCGCAGGAUCCUAAGUCAGCUGAUGAAGUCCUGGGUGCAGGCCGUUUGCGAGAAACAGCCGCUAGAUGAUAUUAACGAUUACUUUGGGGUGAAGAUAGCCAUGUACUUUGCCUGGCUGGGGUUCUACACCACAUCCAUGCUUUAUCCUGCCGUCAUCGGCUUCGUGCUCUGGAUUCUCACUGAGUCCGACCAGACGAGCCGUGAUAUCUGCUGCGUUGUGUUCGCCCUGUUCAAUGUGGUGUGGGCCACCCUGUUUCUGGAGAGGUGGAAGAGGAGGGGGGCAGAGCUGGCCUAUAAGUGGGGAACGCUGGACACGCCCAACGAGUCGCUGGAGGAACCGCGGCCACAAUUCAGGGGAGUGAAGCGUUGCAGUCCCAUAACGGGCACUGAGGAGUUCUACUAUCCUCCGUGGAGGAGGAGGGUGUUCAUGUGGCUGGUCAGCCUGCCCAUCUGUAUCCUCUGUCUCUGCUUUGUCUUCCUGGCCAUGCUCAUCUGCUUCGAGCUGCAGGAGUUUGUGAUGGGGAUCAAGGAGGUGCCUCGUCUGGCCCGGUUCAUCCCUAAGAUAAUGCUGGCCAUCACUGUGACCGCCUGUGAUGAGGUGUACAGGAAGAUAGCCUGCUGGCUCAACGACAUGGAAAACUACAGACUCCAGAGUGCCUAUGAGAAAAACCUCAUUAUAAAAAUGGUUCUUUUUCAGUUUGUAAAUUCUUAUCUCAGCCUUUUCUACAUUGGAUUCUACCUCAAAGACAUGGAUCGUCUGAAAGAGAUGCUGGCCACCCUGCUGAUCAUUCGCCAGUUUUUCCAAAACGUUAAAGAGGUGCUGCAGCCUUACCUGUAUGAGCGCCAUAAGCUGGGCGAGCUUACCCUGCGCGGCGUCUGGGACCUGCUUCUAUCCGCCCUGAGGAAGUACUGCCGGCUGGCCGCAGGAAAGGCCCAGGCUUCACCCACUGACCAGGCCACGCCAGGCCCAGGCCUAAGGGGAACCAGGCCCGGAGUCGGACAGUUUGACCACAGGGAGAAGAAAUGUCUGAACGGGGGAUGUGGAGUCCCCGAUGAGGAGGAGGGAGAGCGGGAGGAGGGGGACAGCGGGAGGUUUAGUGAGGGUGAGAAUGAGGAGUCCUCCGAGAGUCUGAUUGACUGCGGCCUCAAGCUAAGGAAGGUCAGCUUCAUAGAGAAGGUGGACAGGAAGUCGUCUGGCAGCUCCUGCGUCCCCCCAGUGGAGGAGAGUUUCCUGGAGGAAGGCAGCCCUACCAUGGUCGAGAAGGGGAUGGACCCAGCCUCCGUGUUCGAGACGUACGGCGAGGAUGAUGACAACAGCGGGCCUGAGACGAAGGAGAGCGUGGGGGCUGCCCCACUGCCUUCGGGACCAGAGAGCGUGUUGACAGCGCGCCAUCGUCGAACGCAGAGGAGCUUUGAGAGGGCGGAGUCCAAGAACAAGCGAGAGUCAUGGAUCGACCCGCCAGAAGAGCGCGAGUGUACGAGUCUGGCACAGGCUGAGAUUGAAAGCUGCAUGCAGACUUAUGAGGAUACCUUCCAAGAUUACCAGGAGAUGUUUGUCCAGUUUGGAUAUGUUGUCCUGUUUUCCUCAGCCUUCCCUCUGGCAGCUAUGUGUGCCCUGAUCAACAACAUCAUUGAGAUCCGCAGUGACGCCUUUAAACUCUGUACCGGCCUGCAGAGGCCGUUCGGCCAGAGGGUGGAGAGCAUUGGACAGUGGCAGACGGCGAUGGAGGCACUGGGUCUGAUCGCCAUCAUAGUGAACUGUUACCUGAUUGGUCAGUGUGGUCAGCUGCAGCGCCUCUUCCCCUGGCUCAGCCCUGAAAUGGCCAUCAUCUCCAUCGUCAUCCUGGAGCACUUUGCUGUCCUGCUGAAGUAUAUCAUUCACAUAGCAAUCCCAGACAUCCCCAGCUGGGUGGGAGAGGAGAUGGCAAAACUGGAGUACCAACGCAGGGAGGCUUUCAAGAAGCACGAGCGUCAGGCACAACAGCACUAUCAGCAGCUGCAGAGGAGGAAGAGGGAGGAAGAGGAGAGACAGAGGCAGGCGGAGCAUCAGGCCCGAAGGGAGAGGGAGAAAGAUGAGGGGAAGGACUCCUCCGGGGGAGAGCACCACCAUGACAAGGGACACGGGGGGAAGUCGCGCUCCGGAGGGGGCGGAGGUGGGGACAAGCCCAAGAGGCCCAGUUCCCUCCUGGCCAACAACAACGUGAUGAAGCUCAAACAGAUCAUCCCCCUGCAGAGCAAGUUCUCCUCCGGGAGCGCACGCUCCCCUCAGUCUCCCACGGGAAACGAGCCCAAGCUCCCCGGGUUCCUUAGCUUCAAGUUCCUUAAGUCUCCUGAGAACAAGAAGGAGGCACUGGCAGCGGCCGCCACGGCGACAAACACCGCGGCGACCGUAACCACUCCCGGCGGCAACCAGGAGCGGUCUCAGUCGCCGAGCAAGUCGUUCAACCCGGGGAAACUGUUCAACUUCGGGAAGUCGGAGGGGGGCUCGUGUCUGAACGGGUCCCAGGUACUGCGACCGGGGGAGGGCUCGCAGGGGUCUGACAAACAGACGGCCAAGUCGGACCUGAACGGGGUGCCUGACGAGAUCCCUUCACCUGGCGGGGACGGUGGGGAGAACGGACACCACACGGACUCCUCUGACCCUAAAGUCUAGCCUCUAGCUGGAGAGGGAUGAUAACAGGAAGAAGAACGUGGGGCAAAAAGGCAGCACCGUUCGGGGUCAGAGGUCGCGAAUGUUGAGGUUGUCUGGAGGCUUUGAGGGAGUAGGAUGGAUCAUGUUGUUAUGCGUGGGUUGGGUCUGCCUGGUUGAUGCGAAGAGACUUUCAGGCUUAAUAGUGAAGACAUAACCCACCCUAAUGCACGGACGCGCACGUGCACACAUACACACGCACACAUAGACAUACGUACAAAUACAUACACAUACGCAGACACAAAUAAUAACCUUUGUCUGCAAUACAUAUAGAAAUGCAUGAGCUGCAUUUCUAAACCUUUUUGAACAUUUUCAACAAAAAAAGAGCGAGACGUGUUUCUUGAUUUAUUCUAGUCUGAAAAUUGGAAGCAUCCUGAUGGGCGUCUACUAAAACAUAACACAAAGUGGUUUUGGGAAAGAAGAAGAAAAAAAGCUAUUGAUGUGUCAGGCGCAUAAUGAGACCUUUUAUAUUCCAAAUAACGGUCGCCUGAUAUCACACUCAUUUUUAACUGUGAAGACCUAUUUGCUUUUCCACGGCUGUGCGAGCAAUAUCAAUCAAUGUUUCAAAUCUGAGCAGUACUGCAAAACUCAUCAUGUUCAUUCUCGUUUGCCUAUAAUCCCAUUUAAAGGCGUACGUGAAGUGCCAUGAACUUAAUUUACAAAAUAAAAAGAACCACCUGAGCUUGAUAUCUACAGUAACUCCCAUAAAAAAGAACUGCAAUAUAUGAGGUGUAUGUCCAACAUUGAGAGUAAAACAGUUUGUUUUUCCAGAUGUUGUGAAAUGCAGAGAUGAAUGACGUUUGAUAAAAUACUGUCUGUCUAUCUCAUCAGUAUAUUUUCUAGAGAAAGCGAGUGACUGACAGCUGUUUUGACCAAGAAACAGUCAGGUGAAGGAACUUAACACAAGAUGUUGACCUGGAUAAGUGUGUAUAGACACGAUAUAGUAUGUGCUAAGAAGAGUCUGCGUUACUGUAUUCUACUACGCGCCGGUCUAUUCUCUUCCCAUUGAAGCCUGUAGAGAGUAAUGAUUUUAGACAGUAUACUAAUCUUGGCCCUCCAUUUCAACACAGAGAUCUGACUAGUGAGUAGACUAGAAAUAGAGACAGAAUAUUUGCACUAAACCUUGACGUCCUGCAUUGAGACAGCAGAACUUGUUCUGCGGGCUGUAGAAGGACUAUACCAGCCUGCCUCAUAACAAAGCAUAACAUAUGCAAGCACUGGAUUGUUUUAUUGCUAGUAUCUUAUACUGUGGAAAACAUGCUGUUGUAAUUUCAUCACUAGCUCCUACAUCCGGGUGGCUGCUCAUCUCAAUUAUUCAUUUGGGAGCUGACUUAUUUGAUUUCCCCAUAGGUAGUUUUAGGGACAUUUGUCGGCAAACAUUUGAUUGCGCUGGGACCGGCAGCGUUACAUUUCCAGAAAUCCCACAUUUCUAACUUUACUUUCGUAACCAAAUCCAAAGGAAUUAUUCACCAGUCUUUAUUUUCUAUAGUGUGGCCAGAGGAGUGUGCCAGAACACAUCAUAGUGGUAUAUACAUCUUGAAGUUUCUGAUACCAAUCCGAGGUCCCUUUUACACUACAUCUGAUCUUAUUCAGUGACGGUAACAACCACUGAACUCAACGGCAGAGAGAUCCAGCACGGAGAAAUGGAGACAUUAACUAUGCACUUCAUCAUCUCUGGCUACGUUCUUCGCAAUAAUAGGGUUGUUCUCACAGAUGCCACAAUCACGUUUUCUGUUUGAAAUAGGAAGCCUAAUCUAAGGUUCCCCUGGUAAAAUGUUUAUAAUGUUGUCUUUUAUGGGUUAAAUUCAGAGUUCAGAUUAGUUGAUUUAACAUGGGCUUAAGUAAACAAAACAGGUACUUAAUAAAAAAAUUAAAAAUGACUUGAAUUCCUGUUAAGUGAAAGGGUUCCUAUGUGCUUUAAAUAUAUGAAGAGGUUUCCUUCAAAUAUGAACUUUAGCCUGAAACAUAAAGUUGCUUCAGAAAGUAUUCAAACCCAUUCACUUUCUCCACCUUUUGUUGUUAUAGACUGAAUUUAUGGUUGAUUAAAAAAAGUAUUGUUCCACAGCUAUCAAUCUACAUACAACACCCAGAAUAACAUAAGCAAAAGUAAUUUGUAAAAAUGUGUGCCAAUUUAUUGAUAAAAAAAUCUCACCUACAUAAGAAUUCGGACACAUUAUUCAGCUUUUGGCGUUGAUCGUUGCUUUAAGUCCUCUUGGGUUUGCCUCUACCAACUUUGCAGUUUCUCCCCUUCUUCCUUCCAGAUCCUCUUUAGUUCUGUCCGAUUGCCUGGGGAGUGUCGGUGAACAGCAAUCUCUUAAAGACUGCCUGGAGAUGUUCAAUGGGGUUCAAGUCAGGGCUUUGGCUGAGCUACUCAAGGAUAUUGACAGACUUGUCCAGACAUCACUCCAUCGCUGUCUUGACUGUGUUUCAGACUGUUGUCGUGCUGAAAGACAAAUAUUUGCCACAGUCUGAAGGACUGUGCGCUCCAGCAUUUUUUUUCCAAAGACCUGUAUUUUGUUGUUGAUCCUUUCCUCAAUCCAGAUCAGACGCAUCCCCAUUCACCUUCCUUUCCAAGGCCCUGUUACAUAGUAAGGCCGGAUUGCCAGCUCUAGUAAGAGUCUUGGUGGUUCCAGACCUCUUCCACUUCACUAUUAUGGAGCUCACUGUGCUCCUGGGAACUUUCAUGGUUUUUGAUAAAACAUUCCCAAGACUUAUGCCUUGACACAUUUAAGAGGAUUACAAAGUGUUCUCCAGACUUGAUGAUACCUUUUUCCUCUGACAUGCACUGUGAUGUGUUGAACCUUAUAUAGACAGGUGUGUGCCUUUCUAAGUCAUUUCCAGUCAAUUGAAUUUUGCCACAGGUGGACAGUCAUGUUCUGGAGACAUCAAGGAGGACCAAAAGAAUCAGGAUACAUCUGAGCUGAAUUUGGGGUGUUUGACAAAGGCUAUGACUACUUAUGUACAUUGGAUUUUUUUUUUUUUUACUAAAUGGCCACAAAUGUAUUUUUUUGUCAUUAUGGGGUAUUGUGUGUAGACUCAUUUAAAAAUAUAUAAAUUCAGUCCAAUAUAAAUUCAGUCUACAACACAACAAAAUGUAGAGAAACCGUUGGGGUUUGAAUACUGUCAGAAGGCACCAUACAUUACCUUUUACUUUGAAUAGAUUGCCUAGCCAUAACUUGCUUCAGGCUACAACAUGUCAUGCUUCUGCAAUAAGAAUAUACUAUUCUCAUGCACGUUACUGCAAAAAUGAGUGGGGAACUCUGAAAUAGCAGUAGUAGUAGUUGUUACUUUGAGAUGUAUAAGCUGAGAGCACUUGUGGCAGUGUGGAAAGAGAGCGGUUGUUUGAGGGAAUGAGUGACGUCUGACCACAUUUAUCCCUCCCUCUACAGCCAUUGCGUAAUUCUGUACAAAUAACAAGGAAUCCAUUUGGUUUCUAUCAUUCAUUUGUGAAUAAUGCCAAAUAACUAGAACAUGGAUGAGAGACACAACUGAGACAUUUUCAGUGUUCUUAAAUGUGUUCAUAUUCACUGUAGGGGAGCAGAUGUUCAGUCAGACUAGUUAAGGAGUGUCUGAUCAGGCCAUUGUCCGUAACAAUCUUCCAUAGUGCACCUGCCUGCUGCAGAUCUGGAACCGUCAGGUGUGGUUUCAUUGUUUUGCCUUUGAUACAAGGUGUAUUUUAGUAAUUCUGAAUGGCUUCCUCUUGUUCCCUUCUCUAAUCUGCAAGAACUACUGAAAGUAAGGUGUUGCUUUUUGCCUGUACAGCAUUCUAGAUUAUUGCUGAUAAAGGAAAGGAUUCAAGGGGCUAAGACCAAGUUGGAUUAAGGUUUUAGAGAACCAAGCUAUUGAAAAAGGUAUGAGGUAAAAAGAUCUGAUGUGACCGAUCCUGAUCUUUAUCCAGAUUACUAGCAAAUCUGAUAUUACUGGUCAAAAAGAACAACAAUUGGGUAAAAGAUCAGAAAUUGGAUGCCAGUGCAAAUCUUACAUACUAGCAGGUGAUUAAAGAAACGCUUGAAAAUAGAUCCUCCAUAUAAUGUUCUAAAUGAGAAGGGACAGAAAAAUGAUCUUAGAGGUUCCCUUCUGUUCAAUCAAUCCAGUUAAUGUGGAGGAGGGGUUAAUGUCUAAACAUGGACAUUUACACACACACUCCAAUUGCCCUGAAAACUGUAACUCUCUGCUGCCAGAAUGCUGCAGAGGCGGCAUGUGGGAAUGCAGACUAAGUGCACUAAACAACUUGACCUUUUUAUGCUUCAUCAUUACGGUUACAGUAAGAAAGCUGAAGGAAUAUCGUAAAAUCCAUUAGGCUUUUGGAGAAAUGUCUAGCCUCAAAGGCUGCCUUUACACAAGCAGCCCAAAUCUGAUGUUUUACCCAAUUAUUGGCAAAAGAUCUGAUCUGUUUGAGCAAAAGGCCAAUUUAGUGUCUAAAGUUCUGAAUUUGUCUGCCCGUGUUAACACAGCAUGGUGUUUGUUUAAUGUUGUUGGUUUGAUGGGAUCGCCUGAGGAGAAGUAAAUGUAGCUUCAUCAAGAAACUGCACAGUGAAGAGUGGAUGUGUGUAAGUAAAAUGUAUCAUACAGCUACCACCAGUAUGAAGAACUCUAAAUAAAUAAAACUCUUCGUAUCAGCCUCACUAACUAACAAGACAAUGUGCUCUUCCAAUGUACCACUGUACAAAAAUGUUUCUUUUCAAGAACAAUAUAAUACUGGGAAAUCUGAUUAUUUAUUUAUUUUAAUUUAUUUUGUCAUAUUUUUGUAAGAUCUGAUAAUAGAUAAUAAAACAUUUUUUUAAAUGAUGUUUUCUUCUCUAAAAAAUCAGAGUAUGAAACAAAUGUAUAUGUUCAAUGUUUUAAUGAUGACAGAAAUUCUUUAAUCAAAUAUUUUAUUAAACAGGUGGAAAAAUGAGUGAAUACACAUGCACAAGAAGUGCCAUAGGCUAGCAUUGAUAUUGAGAACACAAGUUUUGUUAUAGUUUUAUUUGGUUCUGUACUACAGAACAUUAGAUUUAAAAUGAAACAAUUACUUUGAGGUUAAAGUGCAGACUGUCUGCUUUAAGUGUCCAGACUGUUAAUCUGCAACAUGUGUGGAAAAGAAGUGCCAAUGAUAGUAACUCAGGCCAUCAUUAGGCUGUAAAGUCUGAAUAAAUCGAUGAGAGGUAUAGCGAAAACAUUAGUUGUGUCAAAAUAAACUGUUACAUUAAGAAGCAAGAACACAGCAAUUCCCAGCAAAUGACCUGGUAGAAUACAGAAGAUCACUAGUGGAUGACUGCAGAAUUUUGAAGAAAGGCUUUUCAACUGUCAAACAGAUUAAGAACACCAGGAUGUAGACAGAUGUGUCAAAGAUUCCCUUAAAGAGAACACAACACCAGCAUAAUCCCAGGGGUUUUAACUCGAGAUGCAAAACACUGGUAAAACUUAAGAACAACCAGGUUACAGUUGGCUAAAAUAUUUAUUAAAAAAGCCUUAUGGACAGAUGAGAUUAAGAUGAAUCUAUUCCAGAGUGAUGGAAUGAGGAAAGAAUGCAGAAGGCAUAAUAGAAAAAUAGAUGUCAUAGAGCCCCUAUAAAUCAGAAUAGAGCAAUUUGACAUGCAUUUUACCUGGGACCUGUUCUAAACAAUCUACAAUAGAAACAUGGUAGAAGUGGCAUUUCAGUUCUUAUAAUAGUUAUAUUUAUUUACUUCUAUAUUAUUAGCCACUGUCAUGCAUAGCAU